UAAUGCACAUAGAAAAAUAACCAAACUGAGAAGUUGGGAGAAUUUAAGAGCUUUGAAAGUCCAGUCAUAGCUCACUUUCAUGGCCUCCACCACCAUGGAACAUGCCCGUCGAAGAGAUGAAUCAGAGUUCAAUUUGAGAGAAUGGGACCUCAAGGCCCGUCGUAUCAGUCGCGAGAACACUCUUUCCAGAAGGUUUUCAGCAUCGAAUAUCAGAAGCUUCAGAGAAGACACAAGGUCUUUUAGAUCAAACUUAACUAUUUCAAGCACUGCUUCUUCACCUGGCUACACCUUAAAAGAUGAAAUUGACCCUUCAACAUAUUCAUUUACCACUGCCCUUAAAGCAUUGCAGGCAAGGUCGGGCUAUUAUAGUUGGGAGUGCUUAUCUCCAGACGGAUUUGCUUUGAACUCCAAGUGGAAUGAAGCAGAAAAGUAUAUAUGCAACCCAUUAUCAGGCGAGGUUCCAAUGGAGUGUUUGUCUGCUAAAACACUAAGUGGAAGAUCAUUUCGUAACUUAACAAACAGAAUCACCAUGUCUGCGCCUCUAAUUCACCCUUCCCAUUCACGACAACGCCAAACAAAGCCUUCAACUUCUGAGCAAGAAGGUUUAGUUCUCCAAUUACCAAUUCCAGAAAAGAGAACAGAGGGUACGACAAGAGAUGUAGGGACUCAAAGCACACCGCCUGAUCUUAGUUCAAGCAGUCCUAGCCCUGUUUCGACCCCUUCCAUCAUAGAGAGAUCAAUAAACCGAUAUGGGCUGGAAGGUGCUGAUUCACCUCAUUCGAAUGCAAAAAUAACAGCCAAGCAAGAGGUGGAAGUGAAAGAAACAAGAGCCAAAGAAGAAACGAAAGGAGAAGAGGAAGAGGAGGAGAAAAAGAAGAAAGAAGGGCAAAUGAGCAGGCAAGCUGGGUGCUUGUCAUGGAUGAUAAAGAAAAGGCAGAGAGAAAAACAGAAAACAAGAACGUAUAAUACCUGUCUAACACAUCUCAAAGGGUGCUAAAGAAAUGGCUCAAAAAUGGUAAGAUAAUAAUCUGACGAGGGAGGGGAGAUUUUCUUUCCUCUGUCUCUAUUUCAGGAUUUAGCAGAGUCGAUGAAGGUGACUGAUAGGAAAAAAGAUUGAUCGCUCAUGUGGAGGGAUGAUUGAUGGGGUCUAAGAUGGUUGUUUUCUCUUUGGGUUUUUUUGGUUGCUGUGUUCUGUUUUUGCUAUGGUUAAGAUGCGCUGACAGCUUUGGAUUCACGUGCAUGCUGUUGUUUC